AUGUGUGAGAGCGAGCUUUUCCCCGUUUCCAUGUUCGGGGAUGCUACCGAAAGGAAGGCAGAAUUUUCCUCAGAUAACAACGAUACAGAAUCUCCCAUGAGAAAAUCAGCUAUCGCGUAAGUUAUGUAUUUGUAGUAGUGUCAUUCCGCCCAUCUGCAGAAGACGAUUAUCCUUUAUGGCGGUCAAAUAUCACUUCCAUUCAAAUUGUCACCUAGCGUGCGAGCAAGUUACCCAUUUAGAGUGGUGAGCGAAGAGAGACGAGGCCCGCGACGAGCGGAGAAGCGAGUGGCGAAGCCCGAGGUUUUCGUUUUCUCUUCCCUCGCUUACGUGUGAUCUCUUGCGAUACCACCAAAUGCGACCUUUUUCGGCGCGCAACAAAGGAAAUAGGAGACAUCUGCAUGCAGGCAAAAAGGGAUGAAAGACCUCUUUUGACGCAGGCUAGAAGUACUCCCGUGAGAUGGCGUUAAUAGACGGAAGCAUUGAGGCACUAUAGGUGACGUUAAACCUCCGUUAAUUUACAGACACUCAGAGAGUUUUGAAUAGCAUCAGACCUGUUCCACCGAGUCCUUCAAAAUAAAUUCCAGAUUAAAAAUAUUUUGUUGAACUUCCGCUCUGUACAUUCCUCAAACUGAUUGGCCAACAGAUUCAUCCGGGACACUUAGGACGGUCAAUGCAGGAAUAUAUUUCUAUACUUUUUCCUAUGGAAUUAUUUUUAUUCUGGGUUUUUCCGUUGCAAGGAUUUGUUGGUACUUUUCUAACCUCCCCACUGCCCAGAUUAUCAUUUUCUCACGUUUGUUGCUCAAUUUGAUUUACUAUCUUGGGAAAAGAGACUGACUUCAUAGACAUAAAUGCACUUUAAAAACUAUUAUUAAUCUUUUAUUAAUGGUGCAAUUACCAUUCCUUGUUCUCAUUUUAAAUAGAUCACCUGUCUCAACUCGACAAUUGAAACUGGACCCCGAUAUCAUAUGGAUACAAGAGGAAAUUGUUGGUCCCUACGGUUUCAAGAAAGACCCGGAAAUAGAUGAAUGGAAACAGCAACCAUCCUUUGAAAAUGAUCUAGGAACCGCCAAAUUUAGAAAAGUCGCUUUAAAAGCUCUGAAGUUCUUUAAAAUUAAUAUUGAUUGGAAAAGUUCAAAAAACAAAAAGAGCUGCUCUAACCUCCUAUACAUGACAGCCGCUAGAUAUCUUUUGGUAACGCAUAUUCUUUACGAACAAAGCGGUAAAAAGUUGAUUGCUUGUGAGGAAGUUGGAGAGUACGGCAAAAUGAAAAAAUUUGUGAUCCCUGAUUCUGGAGUAUGUUUUCCUAAGCCCUACGGAAGCGCCACUUGUAAAUCGGACUAUGACGUUGGGCUGAUUGGUAAAGAUGCUGGUAUUCUAACGAAGAAGUUUAACAACUAUUUUCAAACUACUUUUGGAAAACCUUCAGAGCUUGUUUUUGAUACAAAUGUUUACGCUUUGACACUGGAAUUCUCCAUGCCCUCCAUAUUUCAUGGUCUUCCAAUUAGGUUUGCUGAUCUUAUCACCCAAAAAGAGCAAUCAGUGAACUUCAAAAUGCAGGAAUUGGCCAGUGCGUACUACAAGGUCUUUAAAUAUAACGAAGGCUUCUUUCUCACGAUGGCGAAUAAAGCUAAGAGAGCAAUGAAAAAAACUUUCAAAGAGCGGCUUAACUAUUGGCUGUCGGAAUUUAAUAAAUUGAAUAAUCAACAUGGAAUGAGGCUCGUAAAAGGCAAUUCCCUCAAAGACUUUAGAAAAUCACAUAAUGAACAGUACCAAACGCGCGUGGCAAAGAUGUCAAAAAAUGGCGGAUAUAAAGCUAAAAAUUUAGGUAAUUACUUAUUCUUCUUUUGUUAUUAAUUCAUAACGAGUGAGCGAUAUAGUAGCACUUAGGUGAACAUGAAAGGGAAACACUGCAGUUAAUUUAAUGACUUAAUGACUUCUGUUUUUUCAGAUUCAGUCCUGACCUUUUACCGACCCACCUAAGCGUAUGCGAAAUGUUCUGGCUAGUGGUUGCCGCGUGAUCAGUACACCGUUUAAUCACUAAUCAGGCUUUUUAAGGGUGUUGCGAUGUCUACUCCUUAUUCUUUCAACUUGCCAACUUCAGUCAAAUAGUUUUUAAUGUGACAUUUACCAUCUGUUGUAGUAUAGCCAUCGAGAGCUAUCCAGAGGGUUAAGUCAGGUUGCAUUAAGAUUGCGACAAACGCUCUCUUUUUCCCAAUACAGUAGAAUGACCAAGACUAGAGCCUGAACCUUGACCACGCAUACAAAUAGUUCACUCAUAGUCUCUCCUUCAUGGUUUACUCGAUAAACGGUUUAAUUGGCCAUGUUGUAAACGAGCGGGGAAUUGGUACGACUUAUGAUCGCAAAUGCCCUAGGGAUCGUUUGGAGGGACAGAAAACAGAAGGCGGACAGCAAGCGACUUAUUUACGCUCUAUGCCAGAAGAAGACAGACCUUAUGUGCCUGGAUCGUAAAGAAUUUUAUAGACGUGAAGACAAAUUGCAUUUCUGAAACUGUUAUUGAAGCCUGGAACACAGUAAUUGUAGUGCGCUAUUAUUCUCUCCCUCCAAGCGAUCCCAAGAAACAUUGUGGUCGCAUAUCAUACCCAGUUUUUCAGGCGAUUAGGACAUAGAGAAUUAAUGAACUUUUGCCUUGAAGGUAUUCUCGCCGAGGCAUUAAUCUACGCAGCAGAGGCGUACCACACCCGCGGCGCCAUCCGACAUGUAGUCGGAGCAAUGCAGCUGAAGUCGAUAGGCGGGCAAAACAACAAUGCACUUUCAACUCACGACCUGUGGGUAUCAAUGAUUGAAAACUGGGGAGAGUCAAACAAAGAAUACAACCACUGCAAUCAAGACCCUCUGACCAAGUGCCUCCUAAAGAUGAGCAAAUAUCUUUUGUUCAACGCGAUGAGACUGCUCCGUUCCCGUCUACCAAUAAUAAAGAGAUUUUUCCUGUUAAAAUUUAGAACUCCCAAUGACCCUGAAUCCACAGCGGGAGAGUGGCUACGAUAUAAAAAGGAAGGAAAAACGGAGAUUCCUGAAAGCAAAAACAGUAUGAUAAAAUCCUUUUUGGGCAAUUUUAAAUGUAAAAUAAGAGGAAAGGCAAAAGAUUUUAGAAACAUUCCACUCUCUCCAGAGUGUUUAGGCAAAAUACAUGACGUUGUAAAUGCUUAUAAUGUAAAGUUGGCCGCUGCACUUGCUACAGACGUAACCAUAAAAUCACCGUAG